UUCUUUCCCAGUCAAAGUUCAACCUUUGUUGUGCACACAUCGUGAACCAUGUUGCUGCGUCUACUGUUGGUAGCCAACGUUGGCUGGUUAGCCCUUGUUGCUGGCCAAAAUGAGAUCCCAACAGUACCUUGUUACGGUCCUGAUUGCUUGGUAACCGAACCAACAACCGAAAUGACCACUCUGCCGACAACAGAAAGUACCACGACACCUCGUCCAGCUGGCAUUCGACGAACGGUGGUAGUUAUCUUUAAAGCAACCACUAUCGGACAAGACAUGUUCAUCCAAGGUGGAGUUAAUAAAGAAACUGUUCGACCAAGUUGCACCAGUGACGUUAACGCCGAAACUUCGGAUUGCUCCAUUUCCAUUAAUGCAACCUCUUUGGGCACUGGACCACAUUGGGCAAAAUACGACGCGUGGAGAGAAGGUGACACCAAAUUGGACUGGUUUGGAGUUCAGCCAGGACAGGGUAUUUACGAAACUUACGUCGCUUACGGUACACCAUUGGCCUGGACAACCAACGCACCUGGCGAAAACGGAUACCAGCAACUGAAUACAUGGGGACCCAAUAAUUGGAUGGUGGAUUUGCAGAUGAAUUGCGAUGAGACAGAAAACGGAUGGUUCGAUGUCAAAGCAUACCUCACCCUAUCCGGAAGUGGAUACGAGUCAGAUAUCCAACAAUCAACUUGCACGGGCACGGGAGCUGAUGUGCCUCCACCGUACACUAGUAACAAAAAUCACGUUGCCCGCUGUGGUUACAUCAACCGAUUCUAUUUUGGAACGGGUGACUGUGAGAUUAACGCAUUCCAAUAAUUCUGUAAACUCUAAUUUUUACAUAUUUCAUUACAUGGACUUGCAUUAUC